UCAACAACUGCAACAAACUGUCAACAACAGCAGCAACAACAAGAACAACAACAACGAGCAUAAUUUUGAAUUUGUAAACAUUUCGACAAACAAGUUGAGCGAAACCAAAAUUUCAACGUUUGGCGCAACUAAAGGAGCGAGAGCGACGAGAGUGAGAGUUAGAAGGUUUUGAAAGUGGACACACACACAUCGAUAGAUAGAAAUACACACACACACACGGACAUACUUAUAACUAAAGGAUUGACACAAGAUAUAUCUAAGCAAGAAGACUUGGAUUUGAUUAUAACGCAUAAGCUAGAAGCUAAAACUCUGAAGCUAAAGGGGGCGCUGGCAGGAGAACCAGAGCAGCGACAACAGUGAGAGACACUGAGAGAGACUAACCAAUCGCAGUGAAGGCGAACUCAAGCAGGAGAAGUGUGUGGCCUGCAUGUGUGUGUCUGACGUUGUGAGCAAAGCAACGAAAGUGCAAGAGAAGAGAAGUGACGCUGACGGCGACGUUAAGCGGCGGCAGCAACGUGGAGAUAGCGAGCGCGACAGCGUUAACGGCAGAGAGACUGCGGGAGAGGCAGAGGCGAGCGCGCGCUGCUGCUGCUGUUUGGCAUCAUCUUAUGAUGUCAUCAGAGGAGUACGACGCGAACUGUUUUGGUUUGUAUAGCGAUGAGAACGAUGUGCUGCUAAAAGCAACAACAACAACAACAACAACAGCAAUAGAGACAGACUCAGAGUCUAAGCUAGAGCAACCCCCAAAGCAAGCAACAACAACAACAACAGCAACUACUCAGCCGCUACAGACAAGCAACGGCUGCUCACCAACACAAGCAAACGGCAGCGACAUCGCGGCGAAUUGCGGCGAAAAUAUCAGCGAAGCGGAGAAAGCAGCGAACGAGUGCGACUCGGACUCGGACGACGUCGUUGUAAUCGAAGGCAGCAGCAAGGCGACGACGCCGGCGAGCAUUAGUCGCAGCCGCAGCCGAAGUCGAAGUCGCAGUCGUAGUCGCAGUAGACGGCGCAACGCUCACAAGCGGCAAAUCAGUCAGUCAACGGCCGUCGGCAAGACAACAACGUGCGCGGCUAAAAAAUUAACGUUGAGCCAACAACAUCAACAGUCGUUAGCAGCAAUAAAAGUUGCCAGCAACUCAAACACAAAUACAAAUACGAACUCAGUGAGAAAUCGUCGCACGCGCACGCGAUCCUUAAGCAAAGAUACAACAAAUAGCAACAACAACUGUGUUAAUAAUAGUGUUAAUAAUAAAAGCUGCAGCAACGGCGGCGCAACGGCAACCGCUGCCUUCAUGAGUAGCGCUGCUGCGGCUGCUGCGGGUGCCGCUAGUAGUGCACUCUACAACACGAGCAACAACAACACAACAAAUCUAACAAGUCCCACAACAGCAACAGCAACUGCAACGACAACAGCAACCGGAACAGCAGCAGCAGCAGCAACAGCAACUGCUUUGUCCGGCUCCAGUUCGCCGGGCUCUGUGUCAUCCGCCUCAUCGCUGCUCACCGCUGCCUUUGGCAAUCUAUUUGGCGGCUCUUCGGCAAAAAUGUUGAACGAGCUGUUUGGGCGACAGAUGAAGCAGGCGCAGGAUGCCACCAGUGGCUUGCCACAAACUCUGGACAAUGCCAUGCUGGCUGCUGCAAUGGAGACGGCCACAAGCGCUGAGCUGCUUAGUGCUGCCGGCCUGGUCAGCAGUCUGAACAGCAGCAAAUUGCUCAACAACAACAAUAACAACAACAACAACACAACGCCGCUUAGCAAUGGCAACAACAAUGCCAGCAUAUCGCCUGGGUCGGCGCAUAGCUCCACACAUUCCUCCAAGGGUCACAACAGUCGACGCGUGUCCAACUGCAGCGAUCGCUCGCUGGACGCCAACAGCACAGCAGCAGCAACAGCAGCGCUGGCUGUGGAUAUUGCUGGUGGUUCGCCGCCCAGAGCAGCAUCGGUGAGUUCGCUAAAUGGUGGCGCCAAUGAGCAGCUGCAGCAUGACCUGGUAGCGCAUCAUAUGCUACGCAAUAUACUGCAAGGCAAGAAGGAGCUAAUGCAGCUGGAUCAGGAGCUGCGCACAGUGAUGCAGCAGCAGCAGCAACAGCAGCAGCAGCAAGGGAAGCAGCAGCAGGAGUUGCACUCCAAGCUGAACAACAACAAUAUUGUUGCUGCUACCAACAACAACAACAAUAAUAAUGUAGCUGAAAGCAUUAACUUGAUUGAGGACUGUGACAUGCCUGAAAUUAAAAUCAAAAGUGAGCCUGAGCUAACAGCAGCAGCAGCAGCAGCAACAACAGCAGCGCCGCAUUCACCGCACGGCGGCAGCAGCCACAGUUUUAGCAGCAGCAACAGUCACAACAGCAGCAACAGCAGCAGCAGCAACAACAGCAUUGCCAGCGAUGGCAGCUGCAGACGCAAAUCCUCCGAUUCGCUUGAUAGUGUGCGUGAGGAGCGUCGCUCACCAGCAGCCAACAGCGAGCAGCAGCAACAAGCGCUGGUUGCUGCCGAGCAGCUGCCGAACAAAAAGGAAGUCGUCGACGAUAUGCUGGACGAUGUGGAGCUGCUGGGGCUGAGUCAUGCGCGCAACUCUGACUUGGAAUCGCUGGCAUCGCCCAGUCACUCGGACAUGUUGCUGCUGGACAACAGCAAGGACGAGGUGCUGGACAACGAUGACAUCAUCGAAGACGAUGAUGACGAUGAUGAUUGCAUUGAGACCAAGCGUGAGUCCAGCGCCAGCAGUGGCAGCUUGAAGAAGCCGGGCAUGGAGCUGAAGCGCGCGCGUGUGGAGCACAUUGUGUCCAGCAUGCGCUGCAGUCCCUCGGCCAGCUCGCAGGCUGGACAGCUGCAGGUGAAUGGCUGCAAGAAGCGCAAGCUCUACCAGCCACAGCAGCACGCCAUGGAGCGUUAUGUGGCCGCCGCUGCGGGUCUAAACUUUGGGCUCAAUUUGCAGAGCAUGAUGCUGGACCAGGAGGACAGCGAGUCCAAUGAGCUGGAGUCGCCGCAGAUACAGCAAAAGCGCGUGGAGAAAAAUGCGCUUAAGUCGCAGCUGCGCUCAAUGCAGGAGCAGCUGGCCGAGAUGCAGCAGAAGUAUGUGCAGCUUUGCACGCGCAUGGAGCAGGAGUCGGAGUGCCAGGAGCUGGACAAUGACAAUGAGCAGGACAUGGAAAGCGUCGAACAGAAUGAGGAUGAAGUUGAGCAGCCCGAACAGCAGCCCAACGAUGACAUUGAGCUGUCGCAUUCGCCCACGCUAAGCGAUCACACGCCUAAGGAGUCGGCGGAGCGCGCAGGAUCAAGUUCGCCCACGCUUAAGCCGCCCAGCAGCAGCAGCAACAAGAGCAGCAGCGACACUGCAGCCACUACGCCCAACAUGUUGACACAAAUGAUGAGCAAAAUGAUGUCGGGCAAGCUGCAGCAGCAUAAUCCGCUAGUGGCGCAUCCUGGUUUACCGCAAGGAUUUCCACCCCUGCUGCAGCACAUGGGCGACAUGUCGCAUGCAGCAGCAAUGUAUCAGCAAUUCUUCUUCGAGCAGGAAGCGCGUCUAGCUAAAGAAGCAGCCGAACAGCAGCAACAGCAGCAGCAGCAGCAACAGGCGCAACAGCAACAAGCAGCGCAGCAGCAGGAGCAACAGCGUCGCUUUGAGCAGGAGCAGGAGCAACAGCGACGCAAAGAGGAGCAACAACAGCAGCUGCAACGACAGCAGCAGCAUCUGCAGCAGCUGCAACAGCAGCAGCAGCUAGAGCAACAUGUUGCUGCUGCAGCAGCAGCACCACGCGUGCAACUGCAUCCACCCGCCAGAUUGCCCACACGCAUGGGCGGCGCCGCUGCGCAUAGCGCGCUCAAGUCCGAGCUCAGCGAGAAGUUCCAAAUGCUGCGACAGCAAAACAACAACAACAGCAGCAGCAACAAUGCAAUGAUGCGCAUGUCCGGCACCGAUCUGGAGGGACUAGCUGAUGUGCUCAAGUCAGAGAUCACCACAUCGCUCUCAGCGCUGGUGGACACCAUUGUCACCCGCUUUGUGCAUCAGCGUCGUCUGUUUAGCAAGCAGGCGGAUUCGGUUACAGCCGCUGCCGAGCAGCUCAACAAGGAUCUGAUGCUGGCCUCACAGAUAUUGGACCGCAAGUCGCCGCGCACCAAAGUCGUUGCCGAUCGUGGACCUACCGAACGCCUGCAGAACGGACCAACGCCAGCAACACAAUCAGGUAAUCAAUCCAUACUACUAGCAAAUAGUCAAAGCAGCAGCAAUAGCAGCAGCAGCGCUGCACAGCAGCAACAACAGCAGCAGCAGCAGCAGCAGCAACAACAGCAGCAGCAGCAGCAGCCACAGCCUGUACAGCAGCAGCAACAUCAACAGCAAGCCAUGUCAAUGGCUGCGCAGCAGCAGCAGCAGCAGCAACUGCCGCCCAAUUGUCAGCAACUAAUUGCUGCGCCACGUCUUAAUGGCAACCAAUUGUCGUUUGCUUCACCCGCGGCCGCUGCUGCCGCCGCCAUGGGUCUGCAAAUGCAUCACGCUGCAGCCGCCGCUGCUAUGCAGCAGCAGCAGCAACAAGCUAGCGAAGCAACUGUUGCUGCUGGCAGCAAUGCAGGCAGCAAUGCCGGCCCAGCGAGCAGCACUAACAAUAGUCUAAGUUCACUUAAUAUACCACCACCUCACAUACGUCCCUCGCCCACAGCAGGCGCAAUGUUUCAGGCGCCCAAAACGCCGCAGGGCAUGAAUCCAGUGGCAGCAGCAGCGCUUUACAAUUCGAUGACGGGUCCAUUCUGUUUGCCCAGCGAGCAACAGCAGCAGCAACAACAGCAGCAACAGCAACAACAGCAAGCAGCAGCAGCAGCAGCUCAACAGCAACAGCAAAGCGCAGCACAAACUCAACAGCAACUGGAGCAGAAUGAAGCUCUCAGUUUGGUUGUUACGCCCAAGAAGAAACGUCAUAAGGUCACCGAUACGCGCAUUACCCCACGCACUGUUAGUCGCAUCUUGGCUCAGGAUGGCGUUGUGCCGCCUAGUGGACAGGCAGCUGCCGCCGCCGCUGCACAGCAGCAACAACAGCAGCAGCAGCAGCAACAACAACAGCAGCAACAACAGCAGCAGCAAUCAAACAACAAUGCAACGCCCGCUCAGAGCCCAACGGGUCGCGGCCAAGCCGCUGGCACUUAUCAUCCGCCGCCACCACCACCACCACCCAUGAUGCCGGUGUCCUUGCCCACCUCGGUGGCCAUACCAAAUCCAUCGUUGCACGAGUCCAAGGUCUUUUCACCCUACAGUCCGUUCUUCAAUCCGCAUGCGGCGCCGGGUCCACACGGUCCGCCACAUGGCGGUCAACCCACCGCUGCCCAGCUGCAUCAUCAUCAUCAGCAUCACGCCAUGCAGCUGUCCUCGAGUCCGCCCGGCAGCCUCGGGGCGCUGAUGGACUCACGCGACUCACCGCCGCUGCCACAUCCGCCAACGAUGCUGCACCCAGCGCUACUGGCCGCCGCCCAUCACAGCGGCUCGCCCGACUACAAGAGCUGCCUGCGCGCCGUCAUGGACGCCCAGGAUCGACAGUCCGAGUGCAACUCAGCCGACAUGCAAUUCGAUGGCAUGCAACCUACUUCUUCAACAUUGACGCCCAUGCAUUUGCGCAAGGCCAAGCUGAUGUUCUUCUGGGUGCGCUACCCCAGCUCGGCGGUGCUCAAGAUGUACUUCCCCGACAUCAAGUUCAACAAGAAUAAUACAGCACAAUUGGUGAAAUGGUUCUCAAACUUUCGAGAAUUCUACUACAUACAAAUGGAGAAAUAUGCACGACAAGCUGUCACUGAAGGCAUCAAGACACCCGAUGAUCUGUUGAUUGCUGGAGAUAGUGAAUUAUACCGCGUGCUCAAUUUGCACUACAAUCGCAAUAAUCACAUUGAGGUGCCCCAGAAUUUUCGCUUUGUCGUCGAACAGACACUGCGUGAGUUUUUCCGUGCAAUACAGGGUGGCAAAGAUACGGAGCAAUCGUGGAAAAAGUCCAUUUAUAAGAUCAUUUCACGCAUGGACGAUCCCGUGCCCGAAUACUUCAAGUCGCCAAAUUUUUUAGAGCAGCUGGAAUAAGUGGAGGAGUUGGCUUUGCCAACGAUGCCGCCGCCUAUGAAGCAACAACUAAUUACGAACCCUGCUAUGACUACAAUACCAACUGCAACAACAACAACAACCGGAACAGCAGCAGCAGCAACAGCAGCAGCAGCAACAACAACAACAAUGCCGAAAGCGAAGCGAAAACAAAAGUUAAAAAGUUAAAUCUACGUAAGAAAUAUCAUUGGUUAUAAUGCGCUAAACGCAUUAAGUUGAGGCACAAAAAACAAACAAAAAACAAUUCUUAAAGUUAAAAAAACGCACUUUUAGUAACAAACAACAAAAAGCCGUAAAAUAUUUUUUCAAAAAUUUCGUAAAUGCCGCCACAAAUACUGAAACAUAACUCUAUACAUACGCUAUAUAUAAAGAGCGCAUUAGACAACAACAAUAACAACAACAACAACAACACACAACAAUACACAACAAACAAUAAGCGCUAAGGGUUUUAAGCAACAACAACAAAUAGUUCAAAUUAAUAUGCAAAAGCAAAUUGUAUAACUUUUACCGUUGUGUAAACUGUACAACUGACCGUUGGUUUGCUAGUUGAAAUUUUUUUAAAAAUAUUUUUUAACAAUUUACAUACAUAUAUAUACAAAUCUAGUUGAACCUUACUAAAAGAAAUCUAAAGCAAGUUGACACACCUACACAUACAAACAAACAAACACAGACACGCAUAUAACACACACAUAACGGUACAGUUAUUCUUAUAGAUUCAGCUGCUUGAAAAGCGCUUUACAGCUGCAAGCCACGCCCCCUCCAAUUGGUUGGGCGCCAGCUGCAAUUGUAGACUCGCUUUUGGCAGCAAACCGCAUUUCGUGGCAGCUUUUUAAAAAAGCUGCCCCCAACUUUAGAAAAAAAAAAA